AUGUCGGUAAGGACUGCACCAGGUCGGAAAGUUAAAGUCAACGCUAUUCUGGAUGAUGCUUCCAAUGAAACAUUUCUAAAUGAACAAGUUUCUGGGGUGUUAGGACUUCACGAGCCGUACAAGACAGUUAAAGUUCAUGUGUUAAACAAUGAAGUUGAAACGUUCCAGUCAUACCCGCGGAGGUUAUGA